AUGAGUGUGCAGUGGCAGGCGGAGGACUGGGUGUUGCGUGCUCGCUGGGAUGAGCGUCUCAGGACUCCCACCAGCGUCUCAGGACUCCCACCAGCGCCUCAGGACUCCCACCAGCGUCUCAGGACUCCCAACAGCGUCUCAGGACUCCCGCCAGCGCCUCAGGACUCCCACCAGCGCCUCAGGACUCCCACCAGCGCCUCAGGACUCCCGCCAGCGCCUCAGGACUCCCGCCAGCGCCUCAGGACUCCCGCCAGCGCCUCAGGACUCCCACCAGCGCCUCAGGACUCCCACCAGCGCCUCAGGACUCCCGCCAGCGCCUCAGGACUCCCGCCAGCGCCUCAGGACUCCCACCAGCGCCUCAGGACUCCCACCAGCGCCUCAGGACUCCCGCCAGCGCCUCAGGACUCCCACCAGCGCCUCAGGACUCCCGCCAGCGCCUCAGGACUCCCGCCAGCGCCUCAGGACUCCCGCCAGCGCCUCAGGACUCCCACCAGCGCCUCAGGACUCCCACCAGCGCCUCAGGACUCCCGCCAGCGCCUCAGGACUCCCACCAGCGCCUCAGGACUCCCGCCAGCGCCUCAGGACUCCCACCAGCGCCUCAGGACUCCCGCCAGCGCCUCAGGACUCCCACCAGCGCCUCAGGACUCCCGCCAGCGCCUCAGGACUCCCGCCAGCGCCUCAGGACUCCCGCCAGCGCCUCAGGACUCCCGCCAGCGCCUCAGGACUCCCACCAGCGCCUCAGGACUCCCACCAGCGCCUCAGAACUCCCACCAGCGCCUCAGGACUCCCGCCAGCGCCUCAGGACUCCCGCCAGCGCCUCAGGACUCCCACCAGCGUCUCAGGACUCCCACCAGCGCCUCAGGACUCCCACCAGCGUCUCAGGACUCCCGCCAGCGCCUCAGGACUCCCGCCAGCGCCUCAGGACUCCCGCCAGCGCCUCAGGACUCCCGCCAGCGCCUCAGGACUCCCACCAGCGCCUCGGGACUCCCACCAGCGCCUCGGGACUCCCACCAGCGCCUCAGGACUCCCACCAGCGCCUCAGGACUCCCCACCAGCGCCUCAGGACUCCCACCAGCGCCUCAGGACUCCCACCAGCGCCUCAGGAUUCCCGCCAGCGCCUCAGGACUCCCACCAGCGCCUCAGGACUCCCACCAGCGCCUCGGGACUCCCACCAGCGCCUCAGGACUCCCACCAGCGCCUCAGGACUCCCACCAGCGCCUCAGGACUCCCACCAGCGCCUCAGGACUCCCACCAGCGCCUCAGGACUCCCACCAGCGCCUCAGGACUCCCACCAGCGCCUCAGGACUCCCACCAGCGCCUCAGGACUCCCACCAGCGCCUCAGGACUCCCACCAGCGCCUCAGGAUUCCCGCCAGCGCCUCAGGACUCCCACCAGCGCCUCAGGACUCCCACCAGCGCCUCAGGACUCCCACCAGCACCUCAGGACUCCCGCCAGCGCCUCAGGACUCCCGCCAGCGCCUCAGGACUCCCGCCAGCGCCUCAGGACUCCCGCCAGCGCCUUAGGAUUCCAACCAGCGCCUCAGGACUCCCACCAGCGCCUCAGGACUCCCGCCAGCGCCUCAGGACUCCCGCCAGCGCCUCAGGACUCCCGCUAGCGCCUCAGGACUCCCGCCAGCGCCUCAGGACUCCCACCAGCGCCUCAGGACUCCCACCAGCGCCUCAGGACUCCCACCAGCGCCUCAGGACUCCCACCAGCGCCUCAGGACCGUGUAAUGUAUAA